CUCAAGGCAAAUGUUUUAUGCAAUCAUGAUAACUGCUGAGUUACUUCCUGAAGUACUUCGUUUCACUUUUAAUUUUGCACAGCUUUAAGAUAAAGGAGAAACGACGUAGUAAAGGAGGCCAGACAGAAAUUCUGAAAAACCUUUAAUCAGAAGAUCAAGGCAUGGCUGUCCCUUACAGCGCUCAUAACAUUAAAAAAGCGGAGGAAGUGGCCAAGCUCCUAAGUCAAGCUAUCAAUAUCGGGGACAAAGCUGAGGCAGUAAGACACCUGGAGCAGCUCCUUCCCCUAAGCGUGCCCGUGUGCGUGCAGCUCAGACCGGAGGUGUACUCCGUUGAGUCCUUUAGGUUGAAAGUUGGUGUUGGGGACGUGCAGUGUGACGCUUACAUUCCUAUCACCAUGCUGGUCACUCCUGGCAUGACAGUUGCAGAGCUGAAAGAAAAGAUUAACCAUGACUACGGCUUCCACCCAUCUCUGCAGUGCUGGAUUCUUGGGAAACGUCUCGCUCAGGACAGGGACACACUCUUCAGCCACAAUGUGACGGAAGAUGACAACCAGGCAUUCCUCUUCAUCAAGUCCGCCCAGGCAGCCAACUUCAGCCAUGAACAGCAGAAGCAAGAGGAGGAAUGCCGGAGGAUAGGCGGUAUAAUUGAGAACAUUGAGAUGCUCUCCCUGCAAGCCAGAGGCCCAGAAGAGUUGGGAGCAAGAAUGAAACAACCUCAGGCACCUCUUAGACAAACAAUCGGCACAUCGGGUGCUACCAAGCCACCUGUUCCUCCCAAGCCAAUGGUCGGCUGGUCCUGCCUGCAGUGCACCUUUGUGAACAAGCCCACACGGCCUGGGUGUGAGAUAUGUAGUGCUGAGAGGCCCCAGAACUACAAAAUACCAGACCUGUACCAGCCAGAUGAGAAGGAGGCCCAGAGAUUACAGCAGGAGGAGCUGGCCAGCCUCCAGUAUGAACUGUCCAUCAUAGAUGAACGGGAGCAGAACUUUCUUGAUCUGUUAGAGACUGAUGCCCAAGACCUUAUAAGCAACAAGGAGGAGCUGGAUUGUACCAUUUGCUAUAGCUCAGUCAUGCCAGGGGAGGGUGCCACUCUACGAGAGUGUCUGCACAGCUUUUGCAGAGAAUGUCUGAAACAAACCAUUUUGAACUGUGUGGAUGCAGAAGUUCUGUGUCCUUACGCAGAUGAAAAAUAUUCCUGUAAUUGCAACCUUCAAGACCGAGAGAUUAAAACGCUUCUUUCUCAGGAUGAGUACCAGAAAUUUCUGGAACUGAGGUUGAACAUUGCUGAGUCUCGCUGUGAGAAUAGCUACCACUGCAAGACUCCAGACUGCAUGGGCUGGUGCAUCUUUGAAGACAAUGUGAAUGAGUUUACCUGCGACAUCUGCAACGAGACAAACUGCCUACUUUGCAAGGCCAUUCACAAAGGCAUGAACUGUAAAGAGUACCAAGAUGACCUUCGCAUCAGAGCAGCGAAUGACAUUGCAGCCAAGAGGACUACAGAGAUGCUUGAGAUGAUGGUGCAGAAUAGGGAAGCUAUGUACUGCCCUAAAUGCAAGGUGAUUAUACAGAAGAAAGAUGGGUGUGACUGGAUCUGCUGUCUCAUGUGCAAGACAGAAAUCUGCUGGGUGACCAGACAAACCAGAUGGGGCCCACAGGGUAGCGGAGAUACAUCGGGUGGCUGCAGGUGUCGUGUCAAUGGGGUUCCCUGUCACCCAAACUGCCAGAACUGUCACUGAUCUAUGUAAAUCUUCCAGUCAUGACUUUAGUCCUUAGUGCUUCUUGUUACACUAACUCUGUGAUAAUGUGGAAUAAAGGCAGUAACCUCUUGCAUUAAUCACCAGGGAAAGCUUACACAAGUGUAAUAAUAAUUUAAAUGGUGACUAAUUAGAAGGGUGUGCAAUCAUCAUAAUCUUAGUAAUAUAUGCAAAAAAGCUUGUAAAAAAUGUUUUAUGGACAUUUGUUGGUUAUGUUGGGCUAAGAUGUAUGGUGUUUUUAAGAAAUGCACCUCCUAAAGAUAGCCAUUUAUUUUUUACAAAUAAUAUUUGAAUAUCCAAAUUAGAAUAUUUUAAAUUUAAUUAUAUUUUUAAAUGAAAUAAGGAAACAAUAACAGAAUUGUUAAUAUUUGUAACCUACAAGGAGCAGUGUAAAGAUUUGGUUGAGUUGUUGUUGUUUUUUUUUAAAUCCCCCCCCCACCCUCCCACUGUACUUUAUCCAUGCAGGUUUAUCGGAGCUCAUGUUCACGUUGUCUCCAACUCUAAAACUAAGCAACGGAAACACUAAAGACAUUGAGUUACCCUGAACACAGAGAAAAUGUUUUGAGGUUUAGUGUAGCAAUAUUCCUUAAAACCAUCUGACCACUGCGAGUGGAGAUUAACUGUGUUUUCUAACAUAAUAUAUAGUUUACAUACAACAUUGGGGCAUUAAUAAUUUAAAUAAAAAAUUGGUAGAGGGCAAGACAUAAAUUAUUGUUUGCCUUAUAGGGCAAUCUUGUACAGCAUCUUAUUUGGAAUACAUGUAGUAACAGUUUUCUUUAUUUGUAGCUGAACAUACUUUGUGGAUUAAAGUAAUGAUUAGCAUAUCAAACACAGCUCCUUACACUUGCAAAGUGCUACCAGUCAACAUGAAUAAAUUUCAGUCCAAAUGCAAUUUAACUUAUGAUCCAUCAUGGAUUCCAGUGGGAUGCAAAACUAUGAAUUAAAUAUGGAUUAUAAAUACACAGACCCAAGCAAAGUUAUAGUAAAAUGCACUGAUUGGUACACUUCAGUUACAAAGUGGUAAUUAGGCAAAAAUAAUCUUGUCAACUGAUAUUUCAAAUAAACACUGAAUAUUUACACACACCAGUCUAUUGCAUUGAUUCUACAACUAUACCAUUAAGAAACUAAAGCCACCUAAAUUUUUAAUGUCAGUACAUCAACUUCAACACAUCAGAACCAGUUAAUUGUUUGAUAUACAGUCUUCAUGCACAGAAGUUCACUGGAACAGUUUGUGCAACAUGAAGUUUACUGCAUAAAAUGUAAUCAAGAAGUGGAUGUCAUAGCACUCUGCACUGCGCAAUUGCACAAGGUCCAACAGGUUUGGCGGCUGCAUCCAUUUGAAUAACAUGAAAUCCUUGCACAUCAUCCACGCUGUUUUCUUGUGUCAAACAAAGAGCAUAUAAAUUGGGCUGCUAAUUUAAAAAAA